AUGAACAACGCCGCAGUGCCCAUGGGUUUAUCGCUGGUCAAGGAGCUGCGCUGCCUCGGGAACCACGAGCUCAUCCAGGUGUGUCACUGCUUCGAAGACGAAAUGUCGGAGAAGUCGAGAACUCUGUUGCUUCGCGCCGACGCGCGACUGGAGAUCGUCGACGUGUGCUCGGACCUGGUGGAGCGCAAACUGCUGAGUCGCCGAGUAGCAGAGAAGUUUCAAGGCUGGUGGCUGAAGCCGCUCGCCCUGACGCACACGGACAUCGAGGAGGUUCUGCUGGUGGACGUCGCCGAUAUUUUCCUGCGUGAUCCUGCCGUGCUGCGGUCGACGCCGGGGUACAAGCGCACGGGCACCUCCUUCUUCUACGACCGAGUGGUGGACAGCCGUGAGUGGUUCAACCAGGAGGAGAGCAACAACUCGACGUACCUCAAAACCCUAUUGAGUGGGGUGAAGGAGCUUCCGGACUAUCUCACUCGCUCGUACGCGUUCAAGGGGCAGACGGCGCGCGAGCAAGACGCGUCCUUAGUCGCCGUGAACAAGUUGCAGGCAGGGAAGGCCAUGGAGGUGCUGCAUUGGUUCAUUACGGUCGAGCGCUUCGAGCGAGACUUUUCCUUCCACGAGCAGGAGAGUUUCUGGGUUGCGUAUGCGCUGGGGGAGCAGGAGUAUUCAUUCUCUCCGUGGGGGGCGAGCGCUAUUGAAUCGUCUCGGAACCAAGACAUGAAGAACCACCCAGACUCGUUGUGUGGUAGCCUGGCGCAUUUCCUUCCGGUGGAGGAGGACCCACCUGAGUUGCUCUACGUGAGUGGGAGAGCGCUGUUAGAACCGUUCCCCGAGGGCCUAGCCAACCGCGGCAGAGCCCCCGCCAACCUUCUGUACAACCCCACACCGACCUACGUGACGCCACGCCAAGCUCGGCGGCCGAAUGGGGUGACGAAUACGACCUACACUGGUAAGUUCCAUGAGGACUGCCUCGUGGGCUUCGGAGCGGAGGGGUUAGCGAGUAACUUCGCCCCUCAAUUACUACGGAGGAGGAUGUUCUACUUGGGCAUUCGUAUGGACGUGCUGUCAGCGCUUGAUUCUUGCUACGAAUUCGACUCAGACCCGUAG